AUGUCCGAACGAAUCAAGCAAAUUGCAGGCCAGCUCAACUACCCCAAAGGGCUUCUCGCCGGCCAGGUCGCCAUCAUCACCGGAUCUGGUCAGGGCAUCGGCGCCGAAUGCGCGAGGCUAUUUGCCAAUGAUGGCGCAAAGGUGGUUGUGUCAGACAUCGACGCCGCCAAGGCCGAGGAUGUGGCAGCUAAGAUCAGAGCCAACGGCGGCGAGGCCAUUGCGGUCGCGGGCGACCUGCUCAAGGACGAGUGCAUCAAAGAGUUGGUGAAGAGAGCAGCCGAGUUUGGCAACGGCAAGAUCCAUAUCAUCGUCAACAAUGCCGGCUUUACCUGGGACGCUGUGAUCCACAAGAUGACGGAUAAACAAUGGGACACCAUGCUCGCCAUGCACGGCACUGUGCCCUUCAAGCUGGUCCGCGAAGCAGCUCCCUACUUCCGGGUUAAGGAUGGCGAACCUCGUAACAUCGUCAACAUUUCCUCCACGUCGGGUCUGCAUGGCAACGCCGGCCAGCUAAACUACGCCAUGGCCAAGGCCGGCGUCGUGGGACUGAGCAAGACGAUUGCCAAAGAAUGGGGCCCUGCCUUCGGCGUAAGGGCCAACACGGUCGCUUUCGGCCACAUCGAAACCCGGUUGACGGCCAACAAGGAAGCUGGUGCCUUUGUAGAGGUCGGCGGGCAAAAGGUGGCCCUGGGGAUCCCGCAGAAGCAGAACGACUUAAAGAAGGCCGGGGGCGGUGCCGUGCCGUUUGCGGAUAUCCCACUCAGGAGGCCCGGAACUGCGACUGAGGCUGCGAGUGCUGUGUUGGCGAUUGCCUCGCCGCUGAGUUCGUAUAUCACUGGACAGACCAUCAGCGUGACCGGCGGGAGGAACAUGUAA